GAGCUCGCACUUCAAGGUACUGGAUUGCGCUACUUUAUAUCUUUCUGCGGGAGGAUUUCUUUCGUUUAACCCGCAUCGAGGAAAUCUGCAGGCUCGUUGUCUUCUGUACACAGAGACCGGACUACUUGAGAGAACAAAAUCAUCCCGACCACCAUGAUCCACAGCCUGUUCCUGAUCAACCCCGCGGGCGACAUCUUCCUGGAGAAGCACUGGAAAAGUGCGGUGAGCCGCUCCGUGUGCGACUACUUCCUGGAGGCGCAGGGCAAGGUGUCCGAGCCGCAAAACGUGCCGCCGGUCAUCCCCACGCCACACCACUACCUCAUCAACAUCCUCCGCGGCAAGAUCUUCUUCGUGUCCGUCUGCCAGACCGAGGUGCCGCCCCUCUUCGUGAUCGAGUUCCUGCAUCGCGUGGCGGAGACGUUUCAGGAUUACUUUGGAGAGUGCUCGGAGGCUGCUGUAAAAGACAAUGUAGUUAUUGUGUAUGAGCUUCUUGAGGAGAUGCUAGAUAAUGGCUUUCCUUUGGCUACAGAGUCAAACAUCUUGAAAGAGCUGAUCAGACCGCCCACGAUCCUGCGCUCUGUUGUCAAUACCAUCACAGGCAGCAGCAAUGUUGGGGAGACGCUGCCGACUGGUCAGCUGUCCACUAUCCCCUGGAGGAGGGCCGGGGUCAAGUACACUAACAACGAAGCUUACUUCGACGUGGUGGAGGAAAUAGAUGCCAUUCUGGACAAGUCAGGCACAACAGUGUUUGCAGAAAUCCAGGGCGUUGUAGAUGCUUGCGUCAAGCUGUCAGGAAUGCCAGACCUCACACUGUCUUUCAUGAACCCCAGGCUGCUGGAUGAUGUGAGUUUCCACCCUUGUGUGCGAUUCAAGCGCUGGGAGUCAGAGCGUGUCCUCUCCUUCAUUCCCCCCGACGGAAACUUCAGGCUCAUGUCUUACCACGUCAGUGCCCAAAACUUGGUAGCUAUCCCCGUGUAUGUGAAGCACAACAUCAGUUUCCGGGAAAACGGGUCUUUGGGCCAGUUUGACGUGACGGUGGGCCCCAAGCAGACGAUGGGGAAGACGGUGGAGGCCGUGGUUGUGACGGUCCACAUGCCGAAGGUGGUGCUGAGCGUCAACCUCACCGCGACCCAGGGCACCUCCACCUACGACCCAGUGACCAAGAUCUUAACGUGGGAUAUUGGAAAGAUUAACCCCCAGAAGCUGCCAAAUCUCAAAGGGACAGUGUGUCUGCAGUCUGGGGCUCCGAAGCCAGAGGAAAAUCCCACUCUAAGCAUCCAGCUAAAGAUCCAGCAGCUGGCGAUUUCAGGUCUGAAAGUGAAUCGUCUCGACAUGUUCGGAGAGAAAUAUAAACCCUUCAAAGGAGUCAAAUAUGUUACCAAAGCAGGGAAAUUCCAAGUUAGGACAUGAAGAGUACUACCAAAGGGAUCGUCUGUAUUUAAAUUAUCAAGUAAUCAAAUAUUAUUUCUAACUUUAUAUGGCCAGUAAGUGCCAAAUUGACAACAUUGCUCCAGUCCUGUCCUCCUUAGGUGCUGUUCGGUAGUGUAGUCUGUGCUGGAAAGUCUUAAUCGAAGACAGUUUCUCUUCCUGCUCCUUGUUCCACAGGACACCUCUGCCAGCUGGGUGUCAUUGUGCUUGCACAGGCUGUUAAUGUGUUCAAGGCCCUUGGAACAGAUGGCAGUUUGGCUAAUUCUGUACCUUCAGUAACAGUAAAGGUUAUCCUCGCACUCUAUAAACAUCGGUCCAUUUGCUGUGUAGUAAAAUGGGGAUUUUAAAAAGUUGACCUUUGUCAUCUAUGUAAAUCCGAUCAAUAGUCUUUUUUUUUUCUUAUGGAUUAUUUAAAAAGUAUAUUUUAUUUUUUAAGGGAAAAUGUGGACCAAAAACUAUGCCAAGUUAGGGUAAACUACAUUCACAAUUUAUCAUUAUCUGAAACUCCAAGGUGUUCUGACAGUGUAGGAAGAAAAUCCAGUAACCAUGCCGAAGAUGAGCAGCAGCAUGAAUAUACGUGUUCAUAUGCAUGUUCCUGUCUGCAGCACAGACAUGACUGCUUGUGUGAGGAGUGAACUGAGCUCAUAGUCUGGACCCCCUUCUUUCUAGAGGUCACUCUUUUGAGUAGGCUAUAACUUUAUUUUAAGCAAUGCCCUUAAUUUAAAAUCCGAUUAAACAUUACCAUGUUAUGGCCUUACUGUAGUCAUGCAGCAGAGGGUCUGGUGCAGACCUGCACUUUUUACAGAGUUUUCGGAAACCAUUCUUUAAGACGAGGCAAACCCUGUUCUCUGCUUGUGGUACUUGGAUACAGCCGCAUAGAAGCACUAUACAAAACUGUGGACCCAAGCUGGGGUGGGGUUGCAUCAUUAACCUAAAAUUGUUUUCAUUUUAUUUUUCUUGUACAAUUAUGAAAACAUUUACAAAGUUAUAAGUUUUGUACAAUUAUGGUCAGGGUGAAAUGGGGAAGAAAGGAAGCUUUCUGGAGAUUUUAUAAACUAAGAUCCUUUUUUGUUGUUGUUUGUUGGGGAUUAAUGGAUGGUGUCAAUCAAGUGGGUACAUUUGUUGCAAGAGAAGAGCUGUCAUUCCUAUUUAUGUUUAUAAAGCAUUUAUAAACUUUAA